AUGGCAGACGCCAAGAAAAAUGUCUUAGUGUGCACACAGCUUGAAUGCGAAACAGUGGAAGAAAUGUUAAGCUCCAUGGAGCAAGCAAAGGCUGAAGGUGCAGAUAUUGUAGAACUUUGCUUUCAUGCCAUGAAAUUCACUCACAUUUCUCAGGUUGACAACCUCCUCAACGAAAAAACUCUGCCCACUAUACUUUCCUACAGGCUCAAUUCAUCCAACGAAGACUGCAAGAGUAAUUGCAUGCAAGUAUUGAAACGGGCUCUGGAUUUAGAGGUCGAAUUUGUGGAAAUGGACUAUGAGGUAGCUUCUGAUAAGAGCAUGAGCGAAUAUAUGCACAAUCGACCACAUAGCAAAGUAAUUGUGUCAAGCUACGUGAAUGGUGGCAAACCUUCGACAGAGAAACUUGGUGAUCUAAUUGCAUCCAUUCAGUCAAUCGGAGCAGCUGUUAUAAAACUUGAAAUUGCUGUGGACUUCAUCACGGAUUUGGCACCCAUUUUUCAGCUGCUUACUCAUUGCCAGGUACCAUUAAUAGUUUUGGCGGUGGGCAGUCGAGGUCUAAUAAGCCAGAUACUGGCUCCAAAAUUUGGUGGGUUUUUAGUGUAUGGAUCUCUGGCAGGCAAAUCAGUUGCGGGCUUACCUACUCUUGUCAGCCUUAGACAAGUGUAUAAGGUUGAAAAUGUGGACGCAGACACAAAAGUUUUUGGGCUCGUUUCAAAUCCAGUAGGCCAUAGUAAAGGCCCCAUUCUGCACAAUCCCACCUUCAGACAUACCAGAUAUAAUGGAAUUUAUGUUCCCAUGCUCGUUGAUGAUGUCAAAGAGUUUUUUAAAACCUAUACAGCAACUGACUUUGCGGGUUUCAGUGUUGGCAUUCCACAUAAGGAAGCAGCGGUGGCUUGCUGUGAUGAAGUUGAUCCACUGGCUAAGUCCAUAGGAGCUGUAAAUACCAUCAUAAGGAGGCCUAUUGACCAGAAGCUGAUCGGUUACAACACAGAUUGUGAUGCUUCAAUUUCUGCAAUAGAGGAUGCUCUAAGAGAAAAACAAGUUAGCAAAGGGGUGGCAUCAGACACUUCUCCACUAGCGGGGAAAACUUUUGUGCUGGUUGGAGCAGGAGGUGCAGGAAGAGCAUUGGCUUUUGGGGCCAAAAUCAAAGGGGCUCGGGUUGUUAUUUUCAACCGCAAGUAUGAGAGAGCAAAGGCUCUUGCACAUGCAGUUUCAGGGGAAGCACUGCCAUUUGAAUGUUUACACGAAUUCUGCCCAGAGAAAGGCAUGAUUUUUGCAAAUGCUUCUGCUAUUGGAAUGGAGCCAGAUUCAAAUACAAGUCCUCUUCCGAAGGAGGCCUUAAAAGCAUAUGAGUUGGUGUUUGAUGCGGUCUAUACACCUAGAAAUACAAGACUCUUGCAGGAGGCUGCAGAGGUUGGGGCCACUGUGGUGAGCGGGGUUGAGAUGUUCAUCAGGCAGGCCCUCGGUCAAUUUAGACUGUUCACUGGUGGCUUAGAUGCAGAAUCCUACAUGCGCAAGCUUGUGCUAGAUCAAUUCUGAUGGUUAGCUCACUUAUAUGACAAGGAUGAGAUAUGUUGGCAAAAAUUUCUUCACAAUAUCCUCUGUAGUAUAAAAAUAGCAGCUCUGAUAGCCUGCAAAUUGAAUGCUAGUUUAAGUCUCCUAAAAUGAUCAGACAUGUAUCAAAGUGGUUCAGAGUACUGUAAAUUCUAACAACAAAUAAUAAUUUGAAAGCAUGACGGUCAC